AUAAAACCCUAAAAAUCCAAAAUUGCCGUAGCCUGUUAUGCCAUGCCCCCACCCCACCACCACACAACAACCCUACCGCCGCCUGUAGAUGAUAACGAGCGGCGGCGGCGGAGAUCCAGCGCAGCCUCUCCAGCAGCUCCCUUUGGCGGAGGUCGACCAGCCACGAGUCCUGUCUGUCGUCUCCGAGGUGCUGGAGAAGCUGGUGGCCCGGAACGACCAGCUGAGCGGCGGCGCGGGGAAGAGCCCUCGGCCGCCGCUGAACGCGUUCCAGGGAGUACGGGCGCCGGCGAUAAGCCUGGGGAAGUAUGCGGAGAGGAUAUACAAGUACACAAGCUGCAGCCCGUCGUGCUUCGUGGUGGGGUUCGUGUACAUUGACAGGCUGGUCCACAAGCACCCGGACUCCCUCGUCGUCUCCCUCAACGUCCACCGCCUGCUCGUCACCAGCGUCAUGGUUGCUUCCAAGAUGCUCGACGAUGCGCACUACAACAACGCGUUCUACGCCCGAGUGGGAGGGGUGAGCAAUGUGGAGCUGAACAGGCUGGAGUUGGAGCUGCUAUUCCUGCUGGACUUCGGCGUGACGGUGAGCUCCCGGGUGUUCGAAAGCUACUGCCAGCACCUGGAGAAGCAGACGACGCUGGUGGAGAGACCUCUGCUGAAUGGCGACGUCGUCUCUGAGAUAUCCGUCGAGGAAGAUACGCACAUUUCUUCUUCACCUCCUCAUCCCACCCCCACCCCCACCCACCUACCUAGCUAGUUCUUUCUAGUUGUCAUAAUUAAUAAUUAUAUAUAUAGAGAAUUGAUUUAAUUGCUCAGAAUGUCAUAGAUGCAUGAGAUAAUUAAUUAAUUGACGAUGGUGGAUAGUUAUACUAUUUCUAAUUUCCGACAGGAGUAUGAUCACUAUGAGGAUGGAUGUACGGCUGUGUUUGAUAAUUCUCGUUUAAAUGGAGAUUGAAUACAGAACACCUGUGAUGUCUUCUUCGUCUUCUUCUUCCCUUUGAGCAUGGAUGCCGUGAAGAUUGAUUUUGAAUAUAAUAAUACAAUUAUCAAUGUAUUAUAACUUUUUAUUUUAUUUAUUAAAAUAUCAUAAACCUUAGAUUUUAGUAUAUUCAAAAUUUAUUUUUUAA